AUUUUUUAUUUUUAAAAAAAAAAAGUAGAACUCUGUGGUACUGACAAUGUCAAAAAGAAAGGUUCAGUUCGAUGAUGAGCAUGGAGGACAGGGAGAUGUGACAAGGCGAUUUAAGGAGAAACAUUCACUUGACAGUGACGAAGAAGACGAAGUAACUGAAGAAAAGCUGGAUGAAGAGGAUAUUGAAGGACAGGAGGAAGGAGAAGUUGAUUAUGAUGAAGGGAUCAAAAUUACCCCAUUCAACAUGAGAGAAGAAUUGGAAGAAGGGCAUUUUGAUAAAGAUGGCAUGUACAUCUUCAGUAAAGAUAAAGACAAGAUAAAAGAUGAGUGGAUGGAUAACAUAGACUGGCAGACUAUAAAGGAAAAAGACAAACUGGCUGAGACUAACAGAGAUGACAGUGAGAGUGAGGCAGAAAAACUUGAUCUUAAAUCCAUAUACAGUGAGAUGUUGAAACACUUGAAUCCUGGAGAGACAGUAGCUAAAGGAUUAAGACGAUUAGGUGGUAAGAAAGGUAAAACAAUGUCAUCGAGCGAGAGAUGGAAAGCUAAGAAACAGAAAAAGGAGGAGACAGAGGAAGACAAACAAGCUGCAAAAAACAAAGAAGACUUUCUAGCACUAACCGGUCUUGCUGAUCAAGUGUUGCAGGAUGGUAACAUGGAAGUUUAUGAAAUGACGCACGAGAAAUUGACGUAUGAACUUAAGAAAUUUGAAAAUGGCAGUGAAAGAGUGUCCAUACCAGAAGGGACAAAUGAUGAUGAUGCUUUAGAUAUGUUUGCAGAAGACUUUGAUAAAAGUGAAGCAGGAAAAAUAGAAACGGAUUUGAAAAAUUCUGAUGCAGCAAAAAAUGAAACCAGUGCAGAAACUAAUGAUAAAGCAAAGGAGAGUAAAGAUGUUCUGGAUACAGAUGAAGUGAUGUGGGAAUACAAGUGGGAGGAUAAAGAUGAUGCAGAAAUCCACGGCCCGUACUCCAGCUCAGAGAUGCUGAAAUGGUCAGAGGAUGGUUACUUUAAAGCUGGUGUGUAUUGUCGGAAAGCGGGGACACCGAGUCAGUUUUACACAUCAAGACGAAUAGACUUUGACUUGUACACUUGAAGUUAUUGUAUAGAAUUCUAGAUUUAUGAUAUUUUUUAAGAAUUUGCCAAAUUCCACAGGUGUGUUAUAUAUUGUUAAUGAACUGAAGUUAAUUUUUCCAU